AUGGAGAAAGAGCAACUGAAUGUAUAUCAUAGAAAAAACCCUAAAGAAUACUUUGUGGGUUACAAGUUUGGAGAUAAUCAUCCUCAGGAGGAUAAAUUUGAUGAUGAAGAAAUGGGGGAAAGUAACCCAAAAGGCAAAGUGUACAAGGGAAAGCUACCCAAUGGCCAGUUUAUAGCCAUUAAACACAUUUACAAAGACAUUCCACAGGCUGACACAUUCGAAAAGGAGAUUGAGAUCAUUUCAAAAAUCAAGCAUAAAAAUCUGGUCUCUCUACUUGGCUACUGUGAUGAGAAUGGUGAUAAAUACUUUGUUUAUGAGUAUUGUGCUAAUGGAAAUCUAUCUCAGAUGCUUCUGGGCCUAGAGGAUAAAGCGUUAACAUGGGAGCAAAGAGUAAAAAUUGCAUAUGACAGUAUUGCUGGCUUGCGUUGCCUUCAUCUCUAUCCAGAUGGAUGCACAGUUCAUCGUGAUAUAAAGCCAACAAAUAUCCUACUUACAGAAUCCAUGGAAGCAAAGCUUGCAGAUUUCGGGCUUCUCAGAAUGUUUAAGAUUCAGGAUACAAAUGUUUUUACCGAAGUGAAGGGCACUCUGGGAUAUCUGGAUCCUGACUAUGCUAGUCAGGGAAGGCUAACAUGCUCUACUGAUGUUUACAGCUUUGGUAUAGUUUUACUCCAACUUCUUUCCGGUAGAAGAGCAAUUGACAUCGAUCAAUCUAAUCGAGAAUCCCUUCUUAACAAGGCCAGUUUUCUCCGCAUACUCAGUUUUGUCUAG